AUGACUGUUGUACCGACGACGAUGGCCGACGACGAUACUCUCUAUGCGGCUGUCGCGGCCUUCAUCACGCCGCUUGCCGUCUCGACCGAUUCCACUGCGACUAUCGUUGCAUCGCGCAACGCGGCCGACCAUGUCCACCUUCCCGGCCAGGACUCGGCUGCGAAAAAGUACCUGGAAUCAGAGAUAUCGUCUUUGAUUCGCCGGAUACACGAGCUCGAGUCCCGGGCCAUCUGCAAUACAAACGGAUCGGUCUUUUCUAGCUCUGCGUUCCCCGACACGCCCAACGAGGCGGCCGAUUCGCUUUUUGGCGAUGACGGCCAUACGCCUUCGUCUACGGCAAGCGCUACUGCCAGCAAGAGCAGCAGCACCAUUGCGACGACCAUGCCCCCGGUCGCGUCUGUUGCGUCGCGCAUGGCCCAGACGAUGUCGGCCUCGGACAACGCGCACGGCAGCUUCAGCGAAGAUCACCUAACCCCGCCCACUGGACCACUGACGGAUGAGGCCCUCGCUGGUCUGCGCGAGCACGUCGACGACCAAUCCAAGCUUCUCGACACGCAGCGCCAGGAGCUGGCUGGCGUCAAUGCACAGCUUUUGGAGCAGAAGAGCCUGCAGGAGCGCACGCUGCAGCUUCUUGAGCAGCAACGCGUCGCCACGUUGGAGCGGGAGUUGUGGAAGCACCAGAAGGCCAACGAGGCCUUCCAGAAGGCGCUCCGCGAGAUCGGUGAGAUCGUCACGGCCGUCGCGCGCGGUGACCUGUCCAAGAAGGUCCGCAUGAACACCGUGGAAAUGGACCCCGAAAUCACCACGUUCAAGCGCACCAUCAACACGAUGAUGGACCAGCUGCAAGUCUUCUCCAGCGAAGUGUCCCGUGUGGCCCGUGAAGUCGGUACCGAAGGUAUACUCGGCGGCCAGGCUCAAAUCCAGGGCGUCGACGGCACCUGGAAGGAGCUGACCGACAACGUCAACAUCAUGGCCCAGAACCUGACGGACCAGGUGCGCGAAAUCGCGUCUGUGACCACGGCUGUCGCGUUCGGUGAUCUCACCAAGAAGAUUGAGCGCCCGGCGCGCGGUGAGAUCCUGCAACUGCAACAAACCAUCAACACCAUGGUGGACCAGCUCCGGACGUUCGCGUCCGAAGUGACCCGCGUCGCCCGCGAUGUCGGUACCGAGGGCAUGCUCGGAGGCCAAGCAGACGUGGAGGGUGUGAAGGGCAUGUGGAACGAACUUACCGUGAACGUCAACGCCAUGGCAAACAACUUGACUACUCAAGUGCGUGAUAUUAUCAAAGUCACAACAGCGGUCGCCAAGGGUGACCUGACACAGAAGGUGCAGGCCGAGUGCCGCGGCGAGAUCUUCGAGCUCAAGAAAACGAUCAACUCCAUGGUCGACCAGCUCCAGCAAUUCGCGCGCGAGGUCACCAAGAUCGCCCGCGAGGUCGGUACCGAAGGUCGCCUUGGCGGCCAGGCCACGGUCCACGAUGUCGAGGGCACGUGGCGCGAUCUGACCGAGAAUGUCAACGGCAUGGCUAUGAACCUGACAACGCAAGUGCGCGAGAUCGCCAAGGUCACAACAGCCGUAGCCAAGGGCGACCUCACGAAGAAGAUCGGCGUAGAGGUGCGCGGCGAAAUCCUGGAUCUCAAAAACACCAUCAACACCAUGGUGGACCGUCUUGGCACGUUCGCCUUUGAGGUCAGCAAGGUGGCGCGUGAAGUCGGCACGGACGGUACGCUCGGCGGCCAGGCGCAAGUCGACAACGUGGAGGGCAAGUGGAAGGACCUCACCGAAAACGUGAACACCAUGGCGUCCAACCUGACGUCCCAGGUGCGCAACAUCUCCAACGUGACGCAGGCCAUCGCCAACGGUGACAUGUCGCGCAAGAUCGACGUCGAGGCCAAGGGCGAGAUCUUGAUUCUCAAGGAAACCAUCAACAACAUGGUUGACCGGCUGUCCGUCUUCUGCAACGAAGUGCAGCGCGUGGCCAAGGACGUGGGUGUGGACGGCAUCAUGGGUGGUCAAGCCGACAUUGCUGGCCUCAAGGGCCGCUGGAAGGAAAUCACGACGGACGUCAAUACCAUGGCCAACAACUUGACGGCCCAGGUGCGCGCCUUUGGCGACAUCACCAACGCCGCGACAGACGGCGACUUUACGAAACUCGUCGAGGUGGAGGCGUCGGGCGAAAUGGACGAGCUGAAGAAGAAGAUCAACCAGAUGGUGUACAACCUCCGCGAUGGUAUUCAGCGCAACACGCAGGCUCGUGAGGCGGCCGAGCUGGCCAACAAGACCAAGUCCGAGUUCCUCGCCAACAUGUCCCACGAGAUCCGAACGCCCAUGAACGGCAUUAUCGGCAUGACGCAGCUGACGCUCGACACCGACCUGACGCAGUACCAGCGCGAAAUGCUCAACAUUGUCAACAACCUCGCAAACAGCUUACUGACGAUCAUUGACGACAUUCUGGAUCUGUCCAAGAUCGAGGCCCGCCGUAUGGUCAUUGAGGAGAUCCCGUACACGCUGCGCGGCACCGUCUUCAACGCCCUCAAGACGCUCGCCGUCAAGGCCAACGAGAAGUUCCUGGACCUCACCUUCCACGUCGACAGCUCUGUGCCCGACCAUGUUGUUGGCGACUCCUUCCGUCUCCGCCAGAUCAUCCUGAACCUGGUCGGCAACGCCAUCAAGUUCACCGAACGCGGCGAGGUCAGCCUCACCAUCCGCAAGGCCAGCCAGGUCCACUGCAACGUCGAUGAAUACGCCAUUGAGUUUGUCGUCUCCGACACGGGCAUCGGCAUCCCGGCCGACAAGCUGGACCUGAUUUUCGACACAUUCCAGCAGGCCGACGGCUCCAUGACGCGCAAGUUCGGCGGCACGGGUCUUGGUCUUUCCAUUUCCAAGCGCCUCGUCAGCCUCAUGGGCGGUGACGUGUGGGUCAAGAGCGAGUACGGCAAGGGCAGCUCGUUCUACUUCACGUGCGUGGUGCGCCUCGCCGAGAACGAUGUCGCGCUCAUCCACAAGCAGCUCAACCCGUACCGUGGCCACCAAGUCCUGUUCAUUGACAAGGGCCUCAACCCUGUCAGCGACCAAAUCGUCACCAUGCUCGGCACGCUGGGCCUCGUGCCCGUUGUUGUCGACUCGGAGCGCAAUCCUUCGCUGGCCCAAGCGCGCGCCAAGGGCUCGCCACCCAAGGACGUCAUUAUCGUUGUCGACUCGCUCGAGACUGCGCGCCGGCUGCAAUCCAUCAAUAAGUUUGAAUAUGUGCCCAUCGUGCUCCUCGCGCCCGUCGUGCACGUCAGCCUCAAGUCUUGCAUUGAGCUGGGCGUGACGUCGUUCAUGACCACGCCCUGCAAGCUCAUCGACCUUGCCAACGGUAUGGUGCCGGCCCUGGAGAACCGUGCCACGCCUUCGCUGGCGGACAACACCAAGUCGUUUGAGAUUCUACUGGCCGAGGACAACACGGUCAACCAACGCCUUGCGGUCAAGAUCCUGGAGAAGUACCACCACGUAGUCACCGUCGUCGGCAACGGCGAGGAGGCUGUGGAGGCCGUCAAGCGCCGCAACUUUGACGUCAUCCUGAUGGACGUGCAGAUGCCCAUCAUGGGCGGCUUCGAGGCCACCAGCAAGAUUCGCGAAUACGAACGCAACCUGGGCGGCACCCAGCGCACACCCAUCAUCGCCCUCACCGCCCAUGCUAUGAUGGGCGAUCGCGAGAAGUGUAUUCAAGCCCAGAUGGACGAGUAUCUGUCCAAGCCGCUGCAGCAGAACCAUCUCAUUGAGACCAUCCUCAAGUGCGCGACCCUCGGUGGCGCGCUGCUCGAGAAAAACCGCGAGCGCGAGCUGGCGCGGCAGUCCGACCAGAAGGGCGGCUCCAAUGCAGCCACCGCUGCGUCGUCCCCCAGCACCGCGGCUUCGCCCUCGGCUCUGUCCCUCCGCCCGCAAAUCAACCGCGCCACCACCGUGACCGAUGCCGCAAAUGCCUCCAUGGCCGCCGCCGCCGCGACCGCCGCCGCGGACGUGCACAAUGCGCAGCACGGUAAGGAUGCACAAAGCCAAGCCGAGACCAUUUCAAGGGCAAGCAGAUGA